ACUUCUGCCACUUCUGGUGAGUUGCAUCUGUGGGGUGUGGCCACUGCAGGUUUUGGAAACAUGAAUCCUUCUCUCUUCCUGGUCUUCCUUUGCAUGCGGACGGUCUCCGCUGCUCUGGCACUUGAUCAUAGUUUACAUGCACAGUGGCACGAGUGGAAAGCAAAACACGGGAAAACAUACAGCAAGAAUGAAGAAGGAUGGAGGCGAGCGGUGUGGGAGAAGAACCUGAGAAUGAUCGAGCAGCACAACGGAGAGUACAGCCAAGGGAAGCACGGCUUCACCAUGGCCAUGAACGCCUUUGGGGACAUGACUAACGAAGAAUUCGGGCAGGUGAGGAAUAGCUUUCAAUACCAGAAGCUCCGGGAGGGGCAGUUGUUCCAGGAACCUCCGUUUGGUGAUGUGCCCGACUCUGUGGACUGGAGAGAGGAAGGCUACGUGACCCCUGUGAAGGAUCAGGGUCAUUGUGGUUCCUGUUGGGCUUUUAGUGCAACCGGGGCCCUGGAAGGACAGAUGUUCCGGAAAACUGGCAAACUUAUCUCGCUGAGUGAGCAGAACCUCCUGGACUGUUCCAGGGUCCAAGGCAAUCAGGGCUGCCACGGUGGCCUGAUGGAUUCUGCCUUCCGGUACAUCAAGGACAACGGAGGACUGGACUCAGAGGACUCCUAUCCCUACGAAGCACAGGUUGGAUCGUGUAGGUACAACCCUGAGAAUUCUGCCGCUAACGACACAGGUGUGAUGUACAUUCCAAAGCACGAGGCGGCCCUUAAGAAGGCAGUAGCGACCGUGGGACCCAUCUCCGUUUCUAUUGAUGCAAGCCUGCAGUCCUUCCAGUUCUAUGAAAAAGGCAUUUAUUAUGAUCCAGAAUGCAAAAGCGGUGAACCUAAUCACGCUGUUCUGGUGGUUGGCUACGGCUUCGAAGGAACAGACCCGGAGAGCAAUAAAUACUGGCUGGUCAAGAACAGUUGGAGUUCAGGAUGGGGCAUAGAUGGCUACAUAAAGAUGGCCCGAGACCAGAACAACCUCUGUGGAAUCGCUUCAGCAGCCUGCUAUCCUACUGUGAGUUGACGGGCGGUGCUAAGGAAGGACUCGAUGGGCAACAGCAUCAGCAGCCCAGGGAGCUGAACUGCCCCCACUGCGUGGGAUCCCAGUACUUGUGUCCUUGAUGAUUCAUCUUAUAAUGUGAAUUGUGAUAUUUUUAUUCUAGUGGAAUAUCACGACUACCUUAAUUACUGCCAUCCAGCUUUGUAUUAUUGACUCUCCUGACGACCUUCUGCAUUUUCGUUUCUUUCUGAAAGUAUGAAUAAAGUUGUAUCUUUUAAAAUAAAACUUAAUUUCA